AUGGCAGCCCGGGUGGGGGUGGGUCGCGGCCUCGCCGCCUCGGCCUGGUCCGCUCGUUCGUUCGUUCACGUGAUGCCGCCGGCCGGAAGGGGAGAGAAUUCGUUUCGAGGAGGCCAGGAGGCACGCACAACAGCUACAGAGAAAGAUGGCGGCCCACGCACACAUUGUUUUACUGAUUCCAUUGGUUUUACGUUUGAGUUCAUGAGCUAG